AUGAAGGACCGGUUAGAGGAACUGAGGAACCGAGUGAAUGAAGAUGGGGAUUCCUGGGAUCUGGAUGAUCCUCUUUCCUUCGACAACCCCGUUUUCCAAGAGGACGAGGAGAACCCCAUGAGCAAGGUUUUUCAGGAAAUCUCCAGCCUCUCCAUGGCUCUGGAGAAGCUGGAAGAGUUAUCGGAGAACAUUGACAAGAAGCAGCAGCAGGUCCUUUGCUGCACCACUGAGGAAAGCAUCUGCGAGCAGAAACAGGGGCUGAGCAAGAUGAAGGACAACUUCACCAGGGAGGCCAAAGCUCUUCAGCCAAAGCUCAGCACCAUCCAAGAGGCUCUUAUGAGAGACGGCGAGCAGUGGCUGGCUGUCAGCCGCAUCCGGCACUGCCAACUUUCUGUCCUCAUCAACCGCUACCGGGAGAUCAUCACCCGCCAUUAUGCCAAGGAGACUCAGUAUGUGCACAGGCUAAAAGAGCAGAUCCAGAGGCAAACAGAGCUGGCUGGCCUGAAGCUCCAGGAAGAGGACGUCAGGAGACUGGUGGAGAGCCCUGCAGCACCAUGCAUCGUUGGCCAGGACCUGGAAGUCCUCAAAGCAAAGCAACACCUGGCCAUGGUUCAGGUGCGCCACCAGCAGUUACUUGACUUGGAAGCCCAGAUCGGCGAGCUGAACGCCCUCUUCCUACACAUGGAGGUCCUAGUUUCAGAACAGCAGGAGACCAUCAACAGCAUUGAGUUCAACGUCCUGCGCACCCUCGACUACAUCUCCCAGUCCAACGAGGAGGUCAAGAAAGCCCUCAAAUAUGAGCGACACUCCCGCUUCUCUGCUGUGUUGUCCACAGUGCUGGGUCUUUGUGCCUGCUGUACAUGUGUCUCGUGCUUGGCAACUCCCAGUGUGGUGGGCUGA